AUGUCAGAAAAACAGGCAUUGCAUUUUGAAGUUGGGAGUUUGGGGAUCAUCUUAAGGAAGAUUCAAGACACUGUUAGAAGUAUGAAUGAAGAGGAUAAAGGGGUAAUUUCCUCAAUGCUGGAACGCCAAGGAGGAUGCAAUAUGAUUUUGACGAAGGAAGAUAAUAGGAUUGAAGAUGCAGUCAACAACAAUGCAGAAAAGUCGCAAGAAAAGGCUUAUGGGACAGGCGUUGGAGGAAAUACAAGUUUUUCUUGUUCACCUAUUUCUCAAAAGUACAAGUCAGCUGGCAACGACUUACAAGAGAACAAUAACUUUGACUCCUGUGUGUCAGAGGCAAGUGAAUUUUACAGGUUGUAA